AGAAAUCAAGAUAUUUUCCUGGAGGGAUGUGGAUUCAAAACCAAUAAUGUUUUUUUAAUACAAGAGUUAGUAGGCGUUCUGUUUAGUAUUAGUGUUUCUUUGUUGGAUACUCAAAUAAUUUACUUAUAUAUGUAAAAAGUUUAUUAAACUCACAAGAAAACAGAUUUUCAAAGAAUAAUUGGAAAAAGUGAUAUUAUAAAUUAAUUUGCUGUGGUGUGAUAAAAUAUCGGCUUUUCUAUUGUAAGUAAUAUUCUGAAAAAGUGUGCAAUAAUUGCGAGAGCUGUAGCGCGACAUGUGCUGUACUCCUGUCGAGAUCGGUCGCCAUUACAGUGAAUGUUCUCUGUGAUUUUUGACAAAAAUUGCAUGAAGACUGUGGGUCCUCAUGAUACACCAGGGAUAUAUGUUGGUUUUGAAUGAUUUCAAUGUUAGUUAUGUUUAUGGAUCUUCAAAUAGCCCUCUUUGAUACCUUAACACAUGGUUGUCGUUGCCCCCCCUGGGAAACAUUUGUAUGGGCGCCCAUGGUACAAGGGUAUCGUGGGGGCCUAGGCGUGAGGAGACAUGUCCGUCGCCUCUGACUCAUUCUCUGAGGAGGAGCGCAGCUUAUUCCGUCCAUUCACACGCGAGUCACUUGCGAUUAUUGAGGCUAGAAUUGCAGAAGAAUAUGCCAAACAGAAAGAACUCGAAAAGAAAAGAGCUGAGGGAGAGCCGGGUUUUGGACGCAGGAAAAAGAAAAAAGAAAUUCGGUAUGAGGACGAGGACGAAGAUGAAGGGCCUCAGCCCGAUCCGACUCUGGAGCAGGGUCUUCCCAUUCCGGUACGUCUUCAGGGCAGUUUCCCUCCCGAACUGGCCAGCACACCACUUGAAGACAUCGACUCAUUCUACCAAAACCAAAUGACUUUCGUAGUUAUAAGUAAAGGCAAGGACAUUUUUCGGUUUAGUGCAACAAAUGCUCUUUGGAUACUCGAUCCUUUCAAUCCAAUUCGGAGGGUGGCCAUCUAUAUCCUCGUUCAUCCGUUAUUUUCAUUGUUUAUCAUUACAACAAUUCUUGUCAACUGUAUCCUUAUGAUAAUGCCUACAACUCCCACCGUAGAAUCAACCGAAGUAAUAUUUACGGGCAUCUACACGUUUGAAUCAGCAGUGAAGGUGAUGGCGAGAGGUUUUAUACUUCAACCAUUCACCUACCUUAGAGAUGCAUGGAACUGGCUCGACUUCGUAGUCAUAGCUUUAGCUUAUGUUACAAUGGGUAUAGAUCUUGGAAAUCUCGCUGCCUUAAGAACAUUCAGGGUACUGCGAGCCCUCAAAACUGUCGCUAUUGUACCAGGUUUGAAAACCAUCGUUGGAGCUGUAAUUGAAUCAGUAAAAAAUCUACGAGAUGUGAUAAUUUUAACAAUGUUUUCUCUUUCCGUAUUUGCACUAAUGGGUUUACAAAUUUAUAUGGGAGUUCUUACACAAAAAUGCAUUAAAAACUUUCCAAAUGACGGUUCCUGGGGAAAUCUUACCGAUGAAAACUGGGAAAAGUUUAUGGAUAAUAAGACAAAUUGGUAUGUAGAUGACAAUGGAGACUAUCCACUCUGUGGUAAUUCCUCAGGAGCUGGCACAUGCAAGCCAGGUUAUACGUGCCUACAGGGUUACGGAGAAAAUCCAAAUUAUGGUUACACUAGUUUUGAUACUUUCGGCUGGGCCUUUCUUUCCGCCUUUAGAUUAAUGACACAAGACUACUGGGAAAACCUUUACCAAUUGGUAUUGCGGUCCGCAGGUCCAUGGCACAUGCUAUUUUUUAUUGUGAUUAUAUUUUUGGGAUCGUUUUAUUUAGUUAAUUUAAUAUUAGCUAUUGUUGCGAUGUCUUAUGACGAAUUACAAAAGAAAGCCGAAGAAGAGGAAGCAGCUGAAGAAGAAGCCAUCAGGGAAGCCGAGAAAGCCGCACAGGCAAAACAGGACAGAGCGGAUGCGCGAGCAGCGGCAGCUGAGGAAGCCCGAGAAGCUGCAGCCGCAAAUUUAGCUGCUGAAAACUGUCCAGAUAUUGUAAAGUCCCCAUCCGAUUUUUCCUGCCACAGUUAUGAGCUAUUUGUGGGACAAGCAAAGGGUCACGAUGACAACAAUAAGGAGAAGAUGAGCAUUCGAUCUGAAGGAUUAGAUUCAGUGAGUGAGCAGAGAAGAAUACCUACUAAUCCCACCAAGAUGCGGAAAGUUAGCGCUGCCAGUCUCAGCUUACCUGGAUCGCCUUUCAAUCCUCGUCGAGGCUCCAGAGGAAGCCACCAGUUCACUAUGCGCAGUAAUCGCCGUAUGAUACCACCUCCUGGUGAUCGUAAGCCUUUGGUCUUAUCCACAUAUUUAGAUGCUCAAGAACAUUUACCUUAUGCCGAUGAUUCUAAUGCUGUUACACCGAUGAGUGAAGAGAAUGGAGCUAUGGUUGUUCCUAUUUAUUAUGCUAAUUUGGGUUCGCGUCAUUCAUCAUACACAUCGCACGCUUCACGAAUAUCUUACACCUCUCACGGAGAUCUCUUGUGUGGUUUGGGUGGUGCUGGGAAAGUAAUAACAAAAGAAAGCCAACUCAGGAAUAGAUCACUCAGGACUGGACCUCCCCUUGCGACAACAGCCACAACAACGCCCACCAAUUACACCGAUUAUAAUCAUAGAGCACAUCGAGGAGAUUACGAUGGACCAACAAGCCAAAUGGAGGGGAAGAUAAAGCAUUUAGACAAUCCAUUUAUUGAUAGUAAUCAAAGACAAACUGUAGUAGAUAUGAAAGAUGUUAUGGUUUUAAACGACAUCAUAGAGCAAGCUGCUGGUAGACAAAGCGGUGCGAGUGAUCAUGGAGCCCAAAAUGUUGAUGAAGAAGAUGAGCCCACUGUCAAAGAACGUUUACUAGCAUUUGUUAUGCGAGUCAUUGAUAUUUUUUGCGUUUGGGAUUGUUGUGGUCCUUGGCUGGUUUUUCAGAAGUUUAUAGCUCUCAUCGUCUUUGAUCCCUUCAUCGAAUUGUUCAUCACCCUCUGCAUCGUGGUCAAUACUUUAUUCAUGGCUCUAGAUCAUCACGAUAUGGACCGAGAUUUAGAAAAAGCCCUCAAAAGUGGCAACUAUUUUUUCACUGCGACUUUCAUGAUCGAGGCAACAAUGAAAUUGAUCGCGAUGAGUCCAAAAUAUUAUUUCCAAGAAGGGUGGAAUAUUUUCGAUUUUAUCAUCGUAGCCUUAUCGCUAUUGGAACUUGGUCUUGAAGGUGUUCAGGGCUUAUCCGUGUUAAGAUCAUUUCGAUUGCUAAGAGUGUUCAAACUGGCUAAAUCCUGGCCAACUUUAAAUUUACUGAUUUCAAUAAUGGGUAGAACUAUGGGUGCUUUAGGUAACCUAACCUUUGUGCUGUGCAUUAUAAUAUUUAUAUUCGCUGUUAUGGGUAUGCAAUUAUUUGGAAAAAAUUACACAGAUAAUGUAGAUAGAUUUCCAGACCAUGAACUUCCUAGGUGGAAUUUCACAGAUUUUAUGCAUUCCUUUAUGAUUGUAUUUCGUGUGUUGUGUGGAGAAUGGAUAGAAUCAAUGUGGGAUUGCAUGCUAGUCGGUGAUGUUUCAUGCAUUCCAUUUUUCCUAGCUACUGUUGUCAUUGGAAAUUUUGUGGUACUCAAUCUUUUCUUAGCUUUGCUUUUGAGCAACUUCGGUUCAUCGAGUUUAUCAGCUCCAACGGCUGACAAUGAUACUAAUAAAAUAGCCGAAGCGUUCGAUAGAAUUGGUCGUUUUAUCCGAUGGAUAAAAGCUGGUGUGGCAGAUAUUGCUAAGUUGAUUAGAUUUAAAUUAACUAACCAAAUAUCCGAUCAGCCGUCAGAUCCACGAGACGGAGGAUUAGAUUUAACAGGUGAUGAAAUAUUAGCAGAUGGUACAAUAUUUAAAGAUAAGAAAAGCCCCAAAGAUAGGUUAGAAGUAACUAUAGGCGAUGGCAUGGAAUUUACUAUACACGGUGAUUCAAAAACUAAUAUAAAACGUGUAAAAAACGCAAUUAGUAAAAACAAAACAUUGGGAAAUUCUAUUUUGGAUCACGGUGAUUUUCUAGGCCAUUUAGACGACGAUGAAAUUAGCAACAAAUCGUAUGGUAGUCAUAAACAUAGGUUCAUAGAUGAAAGUCACAAGGGUAGUGCCGAUGUUUUAGAUGAUCAGGAAGAAAAACGUGAUGCUAGCAAAGAAGAACUAGGUAUAGAUGAAGAAUUAGAAGAUGAAUGUGACUGCCAAGGACCGUUGGACGACGAUCUCAUCUUGGAUGCUGCAACGGAAGAUAUUAUAAUAGAUGAAUACUCUGCCGAUUGUUUCCCAGAAAAAUGUUAUAAAAAGUUUCCAUUUUUGGCCGGUGACGAAGAUUCUCCAUUCUGGCAAGGUUGGGGAAACCUUCGUUAUAAGACGUUCCAGCUCAUAGAAAAUAAAUACUUCGAAACAGCAGUUAUCACCAUGAUCUUGCUCAGUAGUUUAGCUUUAGCAUUGGAAGAUGUUCAUUUGUCUCAACGACCUAUUUUACAAGAUAUUCUGUAUUACAUGGAUAGAAUAUUCACCGUCAUAUUCUUCUUUGAGAUGUUGAUAAAGUGGUUGGCUAUGGGUUUUCAAAAAUAUUUUACGAAUGCAUGGUGCUGGUUGGACUUUCUUAUUGUUAUGGUGUCUCUUAUAAAUUUCGUGGCUUCUCUCGCCGGAGCAGGAGGUAUUCAGGCUUUUAAGACUAUGAGAACAUUAAGAGCUCUUAGACCUUUGCGAGCCAUGUCUCGUAUGCAGGGAAUGAGGGUAGUAGUAAAUGCAUUGGUUCAAGCUAUACCAUCCAUCUUCAAUGUACUGCUAGUGUGCUUAAUAUUUUGGUUGAUAUUUGCUAUCAUGGGUGUGCAGUUAUUCGCGGGUAAAUACUAUAAGUGUGUUGAUAGUAAUAAAUCAACGUUAAGUUACGAAAUAAUACCGGACGUGAAUGCAUGUAAAGCAGAAAACUACACGUGGGAUAAUUCGCCAAUGAAUUUCGAUCACGUUGGUAAAGCAUAUCUAUGUUUGUUUCAAGUAGCUACGUUUAAAGGUUGGAUCCAAAUCAUGAACGACGCUAUCGAUUCCAGAGAGAUGCAUAAACAGCCUAUUAGAGAAACCAACAUAUACAUGUAUCUCUACUUUGUAUUCUUCAUUAUCUUUGGAUCUUUCUUCACUCUAAACCUGUUCAUUGGAGUCAUUAUCGAUAACUUCAACGAGCAGAAGAAGAAGAUAAGAGGAUCACUGGAGAUGUUCAUGACUGAAGAUCAGAAGAAAUAUUACAAUGCUAUGAAGAAAAUGGGAUCCAAGAAACCUAUGAAAGCUAUUCCUAGACCAAGGUGGAGACCUCAAGCCAUAGUCUUCGAGAUAGUCACCAAUAAGAAGUUUGACAUGAUCAUCAUGUUAUUUAUAGGUUUAAAUAUGUUGACGAUGACAAUGGACCAUUACAAACAGAAAGAGACGUUUACCAAAGUUUUGGACUCCCUAAAUAUGAUUUUCAUAGUUAUAUUUAGUACCGAGUGCCUCAUGAAAAUGUUUGCUUUGCGUUAUCAUUAUUUUACGGAACCUUGGAAUCUUUUCGAUUUAGUGGUUGUUAUAUUAUCAAUUUUGGGAUUGGUGCUAAGUGAUAUUAUUGAAAAAUACUUUGUGUCGCCGACUUUAUUGAGAGUUGUUCGAGUUGCGAAAGUCGGUAGAGUUCUUCGAUUGGUUAAGGGAGCAAAAGGAAUCCGCACACUGCUUUUCGCACUUGCCAUGUCACUGCCUGCCCUUUUCAACAUUUGCUUACUACUCUUUUUGGUCAUGUUUAUAUUCGCGAUCUUCGGAAUGUCAUUCUUCAUGCACGUCAAGGACAAAAGCGGACUCGAUGACGUCUAUAACUUCAAAACCUUUGGACAGUCAAUGAUUCUUCUAUUUCAGAUGUCCACUUCUGCCGGUUGGGAUGGCGUCUUAGAUGGAAUUAUAAAUGAGGAAGACUGUAAGCAACCAGACAACGAAAUAGGAGAAACGGGUAAUUGUGGUAAUUCCACGAUAGGUAUAGCUUUCCUACUUAGCUAUCUCGUUAUAUCAUUCCUCAUAGUCAUAAACAUGUACAUUGCCGUCAUUUUGGAGAAUUAUUCGCAAGCGACUGAAGAUGUGCAGGAGGGUCUAACAGACGAUGACUAUGAUAUGUACUACGAGAUUUGGCAACAAUUUGAUCCAGAUGGAACGCAGUACAUAAGAUACGAUCAACUUUCCGACUUUUUAGAUGUAUUGGAGCCUCCACUACAAAUACAUAAACCGAAUAAAUACAAAAUAGUUUCAAUGGACAUUCCAAUCUGCAAGGGUGAUCUCAUGUUUUGUGUAGAUAUCUUAGAUGCUCUUACCAAAGACUUUUUCGCUCGAAAAGGUAACGCUAUUGAAGAAACUGCUGAAUUGGCCGAAGUGCAAGGUAGACCGAAUGAGGUAGGGUAUGAACCGGUUAGUUCAACCCUUUGGCGGCAAAGGGAGGAAUAUUGUGCUAGAUUAAUUCAAAACGCGUGGAGAAAACACAAGAGAAACCGCGGAGGUGCAACUGAUCAGUCCGGCGAUGAAGGUGAUAUAGACGGUGAAGGGGAGCUUGAGGCUCGACAAACAGCGGUUCUGGUAGAAAGAAAUGGGCACAAAGUAGUGAUACACAGUCGAACACCCAGCAUCAGCUCUCGAACUGCGGACGUAUGAGACUGGCCUCGCCCCUCCCCACCCCUGUCAUAGUCGUCGGCGGGUAAACACGCUGCUUUGGACUAUGUUCAGAUUCAAAAGGCCUCACAACAAACACGUUAUACUUUAUCUCGGAUCCUAACUUUGACAGUCAAUAACAUCAAUAAGUAUAAAGAACAUACAUCGCUUUAUCUCUCUCAUGUGCUUCAAUUUUCAGCGCUAAAAAAUAUAUGUUUCCUAACAAUUUGUUGAUACGUUUUUUUUUUCUUUAUUUUGUGUAAAUUAAAUAUAUGAGCAAGUUAACUGUAAUUGCAGAAGACUGUAAGCUCAUUUCAAACUUACCAUUCAAUAUCUUCUAAAAUUACAGUAUUUUGCUUUGGCGGUGUUCAAUUUACGUUUUAGGCGAUAUUGAGCUUACAUAUAUAUUUUUGCGUUGUAAACGGCACUUUGUGAUUGUCCUGAAAAACUGAUGUAAUGAUUCACUAGAUGUAUGUUACUUUAAUUAAACCGAGAUGAAACUUUACGUGAUAGUUUGUGCAGUGUAGUUUGAUGGAGAGAGUAUCGUUUUUUGGAUAUUCAAAUAUAUGUAUAUAUCAACUGCUGUACUGUUCAUAUUUCUAUCAUUUAUGGAAGACUAAUUGAUUUUAUGCUGAACAAGCCAAACUUAUUAGAAAUUGAAUUAGUUCGUCUGAAUUAUGGAGAAAAAAAAACAAUAUUAUCUCAAUCGGAUAUUCCAUAUUUUUUCUAAGGCUUGAGCUUUAAUAAAAUUAAAAAAAAUUAGGUCCUCCAUAAUAUUCUGGUUUGUCUCUACAUGAGGCUGUUUUCACAGUUUUACUGCAGUAAUGAAGCUUGUAUAUCAUCUGAUAUCUUUGUGAUUAUAGAAUAUGAUAUGUUGUAACGGAGAAUAAAUAGGUUCUUAUUCCGCUUUAUACGAUAAGUGAUGCCGUAAGUUGUAAGUCUUGGUCUCAAUAUCUGCUGGAUAACAUCAACACCAAAGCCAUUACUUUUUUUAUAUUCUUAGUAUUUUCCUAUUGCAACUUCUAACCAGCAGCAAAAUAAGCUGAAAUAUGGAAUUAAAUAUUUAACAAAUACCUGAAUUGAUAAUGAACAAAAGUGUUGUUUUCUUAAAAGCAAUGCAAGUCACGCCUCUUCUAGCAACACUCAAAUAACACGUAUUUAUGAAAGUACUUGUAGAAAUUUUGCAUUUUUAUAAUAUACUUUUUAUGUGGAAUAUAACGUAAUAUCCCUAUUUAACAUAUAUUUUAAAAAAUGAUAUUUGAAAGAUUUUUGUUAUGAUAGACAAGCUUAAUUUAACUCGUAUUAGUAGUUUUAUGAUCAGUAUCGAAUGUAUCGAAUGAAGUUGCUAAAUAACUAGUUAAAAUGAAUUUACUACAGAAUUGGUGUCCCAGCACUAGUUCUUAGAUGAAAGUUCAGCUUAUGGUUAUUUGCAAAGGAUACAUAAAAAGCAGUUGAAUUAGUGUAUAUUUUUUCUGUUUAUUCUGAUAUCCUGUCAAUUUCUGAUGUUGAGGUAUUUUUAAAAAUCACGUAAGUUGUGAUUCAUGCAUCAACAUCGGUGUUUGUAGGAAAAUAAUUUCAGUAAUGUGAAAUUUUAAAAUUUAAAACAUUGUGUCACUGUUACUCUGUCAUGAUUAACACCAAUCACCAAAGUUUACUUUGUAUUUCUCAAUAUGCUGAGUAAUAGAGACAGAACUCAACUGCACUAUAACACAUACACAUUGACCGAGCUGUAAUAAUUUAAUAUAAACAUUUCCAUUCAAAAUGUCCAAUUUCCUAAUAAACUUCUUUAAAACAUUUCGAAACAGAUAAGUCUCGAUAAGGAGAGCGAAGGACAGAUACUCUAAGAAUAAUAGAAUAAAUCGAUAGAUGAAAGCAUUUAUGACUGCAGUGAUGAAUAAAAGAAAAGAACAUUAUUUUCUUCUUAUGUUGGACACUCACUAGACAUGUUUACAUAAUAGAAUAUUAAUAGGUACUAAAUAGCAAUGAAUCAGUGGAGGGAACUCUCAGGUAGAAGAAUUUACUCACUGUUUUGUCGGUAAUUUCUAAGCAAUAGGGAUUAUCGCAAAUUUAGAAUAGUACUAAAAGUUGAAAUGAUUAGAGUAUAAUGAAAAAAUAACAAUACUCUCGUUUUUCGUCUCUUGGAAGUUGGUAAACUAAAAAUAUGUAAAAAAGACUCUUUCCAAAGUCACUCGGGAACAUUUGUACAACAUUUUCAGUAUGAAUUCGUUCUACUUAACUGGCUCUUAUAGUACUAAGAACUUUUAUGCUUUUAGUUGUAACAACUGUAUUGAGAAAUGAGUUUAUAUUUAUUCGAGUUAUUUUGAUUUACGUUAAAAAAUUUGAACACUCAGAUUAUACACUUAAUAUCAAUAACCUUUCGAGGAUUUCACGCAACAAAGUAACAUCAACUUUCGAACCCGAAUGUUGGGUUUACUUUGACGAAAUUUGUACUCACAAAAUAUUGAGCCCAACUGAUACACGUUUAUAUUCUUAAAGCCGACGAAAUAUUUUUUUGUAUUUUUUUGUAUAAAAUAUUUAUUGAUCACAUAGUUGUUAAUAUUCGGAAUACUCCAAGAUCGCUUCAGUCAUAAAAAAAUGUCCUUAUAACAUUUUAGAUCUUAAAUUAGUGAUAUUUGAUAACUCGUUGAGACGUAUUUUGAAUUUAUUUUAUCGUUCGUUAUUUAUUUCCAGUUCUGCCAAUGCCACUUAUAUUUAGUGUGUUAUUUGUCAUUCCAAUAUCAUUUCUGUUCACCCUAAGAAAUCAUACCCUAUCAAUAUUCCGCCCGAGCUAAAAUAAUUGCCUUAUAUAUAAGUGACAUUCAAAACAGCCCUGUUUGAUCACAGAGCGUAUUGGAGUGAUAAGUAUAUUUAGUAUUGUGAAAAAAUAAAUUGAAAAUGAAUCAUUAUCUGGUCAAUGUGUAAUGUAGUACAGAGAAAUAAUUGAGUCUGCUUUCCCAAAAAUUGUUCGAGAUUGUUGAGAACAAAAUUCCCAUAAUGCUCUCAACUUAUCAAAUGAUAAUAAUUUUUGAAUAGUUGAUUCAAGCCAGUAAGUAAAUAGUUUCAUCGAAAAGUGAAUAUUUUUGAAAGUAGUUCUCUUUAUAAAAAUUCCCAAAUGCACAAAAAGUAGAAAGUUCUGUUAAAAUGGGUGCAUUUCAAAGAAUUUUGUAAAGAUAUAUAUAUAUAUAUAUAUAUAUUCUAAACAUGACUGAUUAUGAAUGAAUGAUUAAUCUAAUAAUAAAAAUGGACUAUAAAAAAAAAUUCACAAAAGUUUUACUUUUAUAAUGGUGCUUUCUUCAAAUGCUAAUAUUCAAGCUAUCUUCACAUGCUACGUGGACCGCUAAUGGGGAGGGGGCGAAUGGGAAAACUUUGCGAAUUUCACAAUUUUUUUAUGCCUACCAGAAAAGUAUAUAAAUUGUGUAUGUGUGACAUUUUAGCCAUAUUUUUGCAUUACACUAAAAUCUAAGUAUGUGCUUUUGUCGGUCAUUCUAAAUUUCUUCUUAUGUACAUUCUCAUGUAUAAAAAUGUUGAAAACAACUGUAUUUUGUGAAAUUAAGCAAUGCAAUCAAAAAUGUCACCCAUAUCUUUAUUGAGUAGUAUAUUCAUAAAUUUCUACAUAACGAGAAGUACAAAUAAUGCACUUUUGCGGUAUGUAUUUCUUUGUUAUAAAAACUGUUAUAAUAUUUUGUUAUUUAAUUGAUUAGUAUAUUAUUGUUAAAAUUUUAUAUAAAUAUUAUGGUUAUGGACAGUGUUUGGUUGUACUUUUGCUUAUAGUUUAAAUCUCAAUCACAACCUCGUUUUGAUAUACUGCCAUUCCCAGUCAGUAGAUCGAUAAGGGGGGUUCUAAACUUUUUUUCAUAAGCAUAUAAACAAUAGUAUCACGUUCGAAACUUUUUAACUGCUUUUAUAUCAAAAAUUGAUAGAUUGCAAUGUGAAAAACAUACUAUACAUAUAUAGUUAUUAAUUAUACCUACUAUUCACGGCAGCUGCCAAUAAGUUACGUUCCUCUUUGCAACUUAAACCCGUCCUAUGCUGAAAUUCACGAGAUCUCUAUAUCAGUUUUAUACCUAUUCAAUUUUUAGUCACAUUAUAUACGAUACUGUGCAUGAUAUAUCUAUGGAAUGCACAUAUUUUUUACUGCACCUUCCGUCCAAAUUUUUAUUUGUUUAUACCAUUGUAUUCAGAAUAACAACAGUGUCCAAGACCAACUGUCUCAAUUCCUUUUAUUUCGAUAUAAAAAUUUCAUUUAUUUUCUAAGCUAAAAUUAUUUAUCUACAUUUUUCGAAGCGUGUCUUAAAUAUUAAAUCCCUCAAAUUGGUUGCUGCUGCUUUAUAUAAGCCUCUGUCAUUUUCCAUUCACAAUAUUCACACAUAUCAAUAUGUAUUAGAAAAGAAGAGUGAUAUUUUGUAUAGAUAUAACAUGCGGAGGUUGGCAUGUAAAAAAUAACACAUUAAACUUCGAUAUAUUUUGUUUAUCAUUGACUAACCAUAUCGUCGCCAAUGUCCGAACCUGGUUAACUUCGCUAGUUGCACAUCUUUCGAAACUCUUUUGGACAAAAUACAGGUUAGCAACUGUUGCUUCCCUCAUUAUAACUUUUCGAGAAAUACUAUCUCAUUCUUCUUCUAUCUCGCAGCUGAGAAUUCUCGGUUGAUAAGGUUUAAAUAUUCCUACAGAAGUUUCCGUCAACCUUUAUAUAUUUGAUAUUGAAAUAAAAAUUUCGGUUCAUAAAUACCGAGUCGAACUCUACAUAUUCUCGUUACAAUAAAACAUAUGUCGAUCAAUAUACAUUGUUAAAAACUUUUAUUAUAAAAAAUAAUACAUUAACCACACAUCCGAUGUCAAUUACCAAAAAAUUUUGAAGUAUGAUUGACAAGAAUUGAAUAAAAGAGUAAUGGGAAUGGAUAACAUAGUUUAACACUACUUACAAAUGAAUGAAUUAUCUAAAAUAUUUGAUAGGUUGGAAAACAAUGAGAAAACAAUUGAAAUUUCAUAUAUUAUGAAAAAUAAAGAAAAUUGAUAACUCUUUAUAGAAUACUUUAAGUAGUAUUAAAUAUAAUUAUUUGAAUAUGAAAUAUUCAAAAUUACCACGUGGUUGCUCCUAACAAUUCAGAUUUAAAUCUAAAUAAAAUUAUUCCAAGAAUACUAAUACAUAUAUAAUAUGAGUAUUCAUACGGUUUGUUCCAACCUGCUAUUCGGGACCGUACAGUUAUUGGAAGCGUUUAAAUGAUAUUUUCUGGGCAAUCUCCGGCCAUACACGGUUCUUGUAACAGUACUUACGGUCAACCAAGUAUCGAAAAGACUGUCCCGCAAAUGAUCCACGAACGAUAGCUAAGUCGAUCGAAACACAAAACAGAAUCGUUCGUAUAACGGUAACCGCCAGGUUGGAACACGUAAUCUUUAUUGCCCAGAAUCACCACCAUACCAAGGACGGUAUUUUGAUGGGUUGGAACGAACCUAUAAUAAUGUAAGGUAGCAACACAGUGAAUCGACUUCAAAAAUUGUAUAUGAAUACCAUGUUAUUCACAACAUUGUCAUUGUACAAUUAAUUUUAUAUACCUAUAAGCCGAUAUACGCAACAUAACCGCGUUAUUUGUUACAAUAAAUAUCUUUUUUGACCAAUAUUUUACUAGAAUACAGUGCAGGGUGGUAUUGAAAAUGUGUUUUAUAAAAGAAAUAACCUGCGGGUGAAUCGUUACUGUAUAAGAAAUCUGUAGGUGUUUAAUGUGAAUAUAAAAAAGGCAAUAAGAACAUGGUUGUAAUUGUUAGCAAAUAGAUUUAUCUGCGUGUUGUUUAUAAAAUAAAUUAUCUAACGAAACAAGGAUUUUCUUGAGCUUUAGUUAAAUACAAAAUCAAACACUUUCCAUCUUUCCAAAACACAAAGUGAUAAAUAGAUUUAUACAGGUGAAAAGCUGCUAUAAAGGUUAUUUUUAUUUAAAUAUCGAGAUAUUUACAGCUUGUUUGUGUUUUCACGGAAUUAGUUAUUGUUAAAUAGGGAAAUUGUUCAAAAUAAUAAUGUUUGGUGAAACUGAGUCUGCUUUUAUAUUGUUAUAUAUUCCACUGUAUCAUAUAAUCCAAAAUGUGCUCAUAUAUUUUCUCUCAUUGAAUCAUAUUCGAUGGCACACAAAUAUAUCAGGCAUUCAAGUUAAUUCAAACUGGAUAUGGAAAAUUUUAUCUAAAAAGCAUGGCGUUAAAUUUUCAUUUCUAUUACUCACAAUAUUACAAUAAUCUAUAAUAUAAAUUCAGCAAUUUCAUAUAAUUGUUAAAUAAUAAGUAUUUUAAUACUGGUUCAAAAUAACUGAAGAGCAUUUUGGAUACCAAUUCAUCAACAUUUCAUUAAACAAGAAGCAUAUAAAUUUCUAUGUGGGCUCAGAAUCGGUCCAGGCAUUAUACAACUAUGUAUGGUGUGUUGUCUCCAAAUCUUUAUUCAUAUACUUAAAUACCAUUUAAUACUGUUUUGAUAAUACAUUUUUAUAAUAAAUGGGCACCAAAAAUCUGUGAGCAAAUAUAUUUUCUUAUUUGUAGAAUUCGUGGCUUAAAACUCUUGCAUGAGAUAGGUUUUUGUUCUUCUGAAGCAAUUGUCCAUUAUUGAAGUCAUACUUUUAAAUAACCUAUAUAUUUUUUAAAUAAAAAAAAAUACGGUAAAAUCACUGCAGGUAUUUCACUUAUUCAUUCUAAUAUCAUUAUAUUUAUAUGCACAAAUUAAUCAAUAAAAAGUAGCUACAUAGAUCAAUAAUAACAUCGUGGUUUUACAAUUUUUAAAAGGUUUUUCGUAGAAUAAUGCAGCAUUAUUGACGUUGCAUCCGGUAUUAUUUUCCCAAUAUAAAUAAUUCAAUUAUAAUAAAUAUGUGAGAAAUAUGAUUUUGACUAAUAUUCGGUAUGGGUAUGGGUCCGUCCGUCUAAACCUUCAAUAAAUCAUCAACUUAAUCGACUACUAAAAUAUUACUUCAUCUUUUGAAUACUACAGUGUGUUUUAUUGACAUAAUAUACAACAUUGAAAAUAAAUUACAAAUACCGUAAUGUAAAUAGUCAUAUCAGAAUUUUUGGUGCACAUUGAAUGAAAAUUCAACAAUGUUUUUAAAAAAAUUCAGACAUACAUUUAGAUCGUAUAAUGAAUGUAACAAAAUUUGUUUUCAAGAUUUGAUUGUUACGAAUGACAAAGCUAUUUCGAAUUCACAAUGAUGAUUAUACAUUUUGCACAUGACUGUAUACAUGCUUUUUUAUAUUUUGCAUAUAAUUUAUACAGAGUUUCUCAAAACGAAAUGCGAUUAUUUCGAACUAAAUAGAAUGUCCAAAAUGUAGAAGUGAUGUCAAUGUAAUCAACUCUGAAAUUUAAUUUUGAAUAAAUCUUUUAUUUUGCGAGAUCUCGAUAUGAAUUAAGUCUAACAGCACAAAGUUUUCUAAGUUUAUGGUGAUACGAAAAUUUUACUUGAAUAUACCAAAUUAAAAUUAUAUAGAGAGCUUUGAUAUUAAUUGAUAUUGUAUAUUCCUAACAAAACAUUUUUGGAAAAUUUUUCAUCACUAGAAAUUUUGGCGAGUAUUUUUGAAAGACUCUGUAAAUUAAUAAAGUAACUUGUGUGGAUCCAUGUCGCAGACACGUUAUGUAUUUGGAAUGUGUUAGAAACAUGGUAUCUACAUCUCCAAACUCAUAAAUGUAAUAUAAUGAAUAAUCAUAGUAAAACAUAUAUACAUAUAAUUUUUCUAAGCAAUCGUUGUUUUAGGGUAGCUAUUGAUAUAUUAUUAAGAUUUAGUUUGUAAGCUUUGCGAAAAAUUAAAGCGAUCUCGAUUUAAA